CCUGUUUGGUCGCGGCGGUGGCGGGAGAUUCCAACAUGGCUGUGCAGCCGAAGCAGAACCUGUCCAUGGACAGUGCAGCCGAGCAUGGCUUCCUGAACUUCAUCUCCUCCAUGCCGGAGAAGCCGGACACCACGUUCCGGAUAUUUGACCGGAGCGACUACUACACCGUCCACGGGAAAGACGCCGUAUUCGCGGCGAAGGAGGUUUUCAAGACGAGCGGCGUCAUCAAAUACCUGGGCUCAGGGAGUCGCAAGCUGGAGAGUGUGAUCCUGAGCAAGCUCAACUUUGAGGCCUUCGUGAAGGACUUGCUGCUGGUGAGGCAGUACAGAGUGGAGGUGUACAAGAACCACAGCAAGAGCAGCAAGGAGCACGACUGGAAGAUCGAGUACAAGGCCUCUCCUGGAAACUUGACUCAGUUUGAGGAGAUCCUGUUUGGCGGUGCGUCUGGAGCUGAGGGAUGCGCAGGAGUUGUAGCCGUGCGUUUCGCUACAGGAGCUGAUGGACAGCGUGUGGUCGGGGUCGGCUACGUGGACGCAGCCCAGAGAAAGAUGGGAGUCUGCGAGUUCCCAGACAACGAGAUCUUCUCCAACCUGGAGUCCCUGCUCGUCCAGAUCACCCCCAAAGAGUGUCUCUUAGCUCAGGGUGACGGCAACACUGAUGGGAGCAAACUACGGGAGGUGGUGCAGCGUGGCGGCAUGUUGGUCUCUGACAGAAAGAGAGCAGAGUUCAGCAGCAAGGACAUGGUCCAGGAUCUCAACAGGCUGCUGAGGGCCAAGAAAGGAGAGACUGUGGCGAGCAACACCCUGCCGGAGCUGGACAAACAGGUAGCGAUGUCCUGUUUGGCUGCAGUGGUUCGUUUCCUUGAGCUGCUUUCUGACGAGUCCAACUUCAACUCCUUCAGUCUGACCUCUCUGGACCUGGGUCAGUACAUGAGGCUGGACAAUGCUGCCGUCAGAGCUCUGAACCUCUUCCAGGGUUCACCUGAUGACACCAGCAGAGCUCAUUCAUUGGCCGGUCUGCUGAACAAGUGUCGAACGCCGCAGGGCCAACGGCUGGUCAACCAGUGGAUCAAACAGCCACUCAUGGACAAAACCAAAAUAGAGGAGAGGCUGGACCUGGUGGAGAGCUUUGUGUGCGACUCCGAGCUGAGGCAGACCUGUCAGGAGGAUUUGCUGCGGCGGUUUCCUGAUCUUCAGCGCAUGGCCAAGAAGUUUCACCGUCACAGUGCGACGCUGCAGGACUGUUACCGUGUCUACCAGGCUGUUAGCCAGAUCCCAGCCCUCAUCACGGCUCUGGAGAGAUACUCAGGAAGCUACCAGGUUUUGCUGCAGGCAGUGUUCCUCUCCCCUCUCACAGACCUGCUGACUGACUUCACCAAGUACCAGGAGAUGAUUGAAACCACGAUGGACAUGAACCAGAUUGACCACCAUGAGUUCCUGGUGAAGGCGUCGUUUGAUCCGGUGUUGAGCGAGCUGAGAGAAAAGAUGGAUGGACUGGAGAAGAGCAUGCAGGCGACGCUGAACAGCGCAGCCAGAGAACUAGGUCUGGAUGCCGGUAAGACGAUAAAGCUGGAGUCCAACGCCAUGCUGGGUUUUUACCUGAGAGUCACAUGCAAGGAGGAGAAGAGUCUGAGGAACAACAAGAAGUUCACCAUGCUGGAUGUCCAGAAGAACGGAGUGCGUUUCACUAACAGUAAGCUGAGCUCCCUGAACGAGGAGUACACCAAGAACCGGGAGGAAUACGAGGAGGCCCAGAACGCCAUCGUCAAAGAGAUCAUCAACAUCGCCUCAGGUUACGUGGAUCCCCUCCAGACGCUGAGCGAUGUCAUAGCGCAGAUGGAUGCCGUGGCCAGUUUCGCCGUGGCGUCCGUCUCCGCUCCGGUGCCGUUCGUCCGGCCUCGCCUCUUGGCCGACGGCUGCAGGCGCAUGGAGCUGCUGCAGGCCAGACAUCCCUGCAUGGAGACGGACGCAGACACCGCUUUCAUCCCCAACGACAUCACCUUCGUCCAGGGCGAGAAGAACUUCUACAUCAUAACAGGACCAAACAUGGGCGGCAAGUCGACGUUCAUCCGGCAGGUGGGCGUGAUCGCUCUGAUGGCUCAGAUCGGCUGCUUUGUGCCAUGUGAGAAGGCGGAGCUUAGCACGACUGACAGCAUCCUGGCCCGAGUGGGAGCAGGAGACAGCCAGGUGAAGGGAGUGUCCACGUUUAUGUCCGAGAUGCUGGAGACGGCCGCCAUUCUGCGCUCGGCCACAAAGAACUCCCUCAUCAUCAUCGACGAGCUCGGCAGAGGCACGUCCACCUACGACGGCUUCGGUCUGGCCUGGGCCAUCAGCGAGCACAUCGCCUCCAAAAUCAGCUGCUUCUGCCUCUUUGCCACUCACUUCCAUGAGCUGACAGCGCUGGCAGCACAGCAGACCACCGUCCACAACCUGCACGUCACGGCGCUGACGUCCCACGACACGCUCACGAUGCUGUACAGAGUCAAACCAGGUGUCUGUGACCAGAGUUUUGGAAUCCAUGUUGCCGAGUUGGCUUCCUUCCCGCCGUCAGUACUGGCUGUGGCGAAGGAGAAGGCCCAGGAGCUGGAGGAGUUCCAGGAACCUACGGGGGAGAAGUCGGAGCAGGAGGAAGAGCCCGAGGCCAAAAGACGCAGGACAGACAAACAAGUGGGAGAAAACCUGAUCCAGGACUUCCUGCAGAAGGUAAAAUCGCUUCCUGCUGCCACCAUGACCGACGACGAGGUGAAGGUGGAGCUCAGGAAAAUGAAGCAGGAGCUGAUGGCCAGAAAUAACACGUACAUCAGUGAGAUCCUAGCACGCUGCGUUCCUGUAAAAACUGCUUGAGUUUUUAUGUUAGAAGCUCUUUAAGUUCAUGUACUGUAGGCAACCACACUAGAGCGCUUACACUGUAGAGUUUUUCAAUAAAUUUUUUUUGAAUGUGA